AGCUGUUCCUGGACUGACCUGAGAGGGAAAGAAAGACAGGGAGAGGUAGAGAGAGUGAGAAAGAGAGAGAGAGGUGUAGUUUACAUGCACAGAUCAUACUGAGUCUCCUCAACUCUACCUUAAGGUAUUCUGACCACUACUUGUCUGUGCAUAGCGGAGUGAGGGAGAGAGACGGAGGUAGAGAGACAAAUAGAGAGAGAGAGAGAAAGAGAGCGAACUCUACUUAUCGUCUGUUAGGGUUAAAAACAAAAACGAAAAAAAACAUGACAGUUUAGAGUGAAAGGCAGAUGGACAGGUAGAGAGUACGUGUUUGCAUUCUGUGCACCUUAGAGGAGUCAGCGUGUUACCAACAAGCCGAUGUGUGAAGCCUGGUCUGUGUGAAGGGAAGCUGGUGGAUUGUGGAGCCUCUGUAAUGUUGUGUGGAAAUAUCAGACCGCUCUCUGUCCUGGCUACACUCUGAGGUGAAGAAACCACACAGUGAUUCUCAUGUUCCAGACCCUUCUGACGCUAGGUCUAUGGAAAUGCAGGACCUAGCCAGUCCUCAUAACCGCGUGGGAGGUGGAGACUCGACGGGUUCCAAACUGGACAAGAACAACCUGGGCGGCUCCUCCAUCACCACGAACGGAACGGGAGGAGAAAACAUGACUAUUCUUAACACUGCUGACUGGCUGCUGGGCUGCAGCAGCCCACCCGAAGCCCCGAGCUCCAAGGACUAUGUGAAAACAGAGCCUUUGAACAACAGUGAAACAGCCACUACCACAGGCGACACAGCACUGGACACAUACGCGGGUUCAGUGAUCACCAGCAGUGGGUACAGCCCUCGUUCGGCCCACCAGUAUUCUCCCCCCCUCUAUCCCUCAAAGCCCUACCCGCACAUUCUGUCCACGCCCACAGCCCCUCCAAUGCCAUCUUACGCCGGCCAGCCUCAGUUCAGUGGCAUGCAGCAGUCGACGGUCUACACCGCUUACUCCCAGACAGGACAGGCCUACGGACUGUCCACCUAUGAUCUGGGGGUGAUGCUUCCUGGCAUUAAGACAGAAGGCGGCCUGGCCCAGAGUCAGUCUCCCCUUCAGACAGGACUCAGCUAUAGCCCCGGCUUCACUACACCUCAGCCCGGACAGACUGCCUACUCACCCUAUCAGAUGCCAGGUUCCAGUUUCACUCCUUCCUCAGGCCUCUACACCACCAACAACUCAGUGUCCAACCCAGCCAACUACACCGCCACCCAGCAGGAUUACCCCUCAUAUACACCAUUUGGCCAAAACCAGUAUGCCCAGUAUUAUUCUGCCUCCACUUACGGGACAUAUAUGACCUCCAACAGUGUGGAUGGAACAGGGUCCACUGCAGCCUAUCAGCUGCAAGAUCCCAGCCCCGCCAUGACUGGACAGGCGGGCGAGCUUCACCCAGGGGACUUUGACACUGUGCAGAGCCCCUCCACGCCCAUCAAGGAGCUGGACGACCGCGCCUGCCGGAGUGGGGCUUCCAAGUCCCGGGGCAGGGGCCGCAAGAACAACCCCUCCCCACCCCCUGACAGCGACUUAGAGAGAGUGUUUGUGUGGGACCUGGAUGAGACAAUCAUAGUCUUCCACUCUCUGCUCACAGGCUCCUACGCACAGAAAUAUGGCAAGGACCCUCCAAUGGCAGUGACGUUGGGUCUGAGGAUGGAGGAGAUGAUCUUCAACUUGGCUGAUACGCACUUAUUCUUCAAUGAUCUGGAGGAGUGUGAUCAGGUACACAUUGAUGACGUGUCCUCAGACGAUAAUGGCCAGGACUUAAGUACUUACAGUUUUGCAACUGAUGGCUUCCAUGCAGCUGCAACCAGCGCCAAUCUGUGCCUGGCAACAGGUGUCCGCGGUGGGGUCGACUGGAUGAGGAAACUGGCCUUCCGCUACCGACGAGUCAAAGAGUUGUAUAGCACAUACAAAAACAAUGUAGGGGGUUUACUGGGCCCAGCGAAAAGGGAUGCCUGGCUCCAGCUGAGAGCAGAGGUGGAGGCCCUGACAGACUCCUGGCUCACCAACGCUCUCAAAUCCCUAUCCAUUAUCAGCUCCAGGAGUAACUGUGUAAAUGUGCUGGUGACCACAACACAGCUCAUACCAGCACUGGCUAAGGUUCUCUUGUAUAGUCUGGGAUCUGCUUUCCCCAUAGAGAACAUUUACAGUGCAACCAAAAUAGGCAAAGAGAGCUGUUUUGAGCGUAUAGUCUCCCGCUUUGGCACUAACAUUACGUAUGUUGUGAUUGGCGAUGGGAGGGAUGAAGAGCAUGCGGCCAGCCAGCACAACAUGCCUUUCUGGAGGAUAUCCAGUCACUCGGACCUGCUGGCAUUACACCAAGCACUGGAGUUUGAGUACCUGUAACUGUUACAAUAGCGAAAUGGACAAAUACGAUGUUACCACGGACAUGGUUAGCGAUGAGCCAUGCAGCCCCUUGCUUUUGUAUACCUAUUUAAGGAAAUAAACAAUACACUGCAACCUUUUUUCUUUUUUUUUUGCUGUUGAACAUCUGGAUUUACAUACCCCGAGAGGUCUUAAGAGGUGAGGGAGAAAUAAAAGGAGAAAGGAAGAAUGGACAGUUGGGUCAAGAGAAAACUGGGCAGCCCUAAUGACCCCCCCCCCCAAUGUGUUCUGCAAUACUGGGAACUGACCUCUGUGAAACAGUAAUCUCAUCUGUCGGCGUCUGCAGCAGAGUGGCCCCCGACUUAAGACUCUGUAAGCCGAAAUACCUCUCAUGGACUGGAAGGGUAUCUCUGUGGUCAGCACCUUGACGUUUGGCUCCUGCAUGGAAGACCCAGGUUUUAAAUCAGGACUGCUAUAUAUUAUUCACCUGGGAGUUUAUAUCUCAACAACACACUACUCCGAAGCCUUCUCCAUGAUGGCGUUACUACAUUGUGUGCAGGAACAACUGUGUGGAAAAACUGCUCUGCUGACUUUUUUUUUUAAGUUUCCGGAUUUUUCCUUUAUCAAAACAUGAAGACGUCUGUGGGAGAAACUUGUGUAAAUUAUUUACCAUAAACUUAACAGGGCAGUGGUGGAUGUUUUUCAUCAGAAGUUUUGACUUUUUUUUUGGUCUCUGGAUUUUUUUUUUUAAUUUUUUUUGACAACGUACGUCAUGAUGUGUUGUGCCUUAUAAACGUGUUUGAGUGUAACUUGUCUUUAUUUGGACAUGUCUGUGUAUGUAGAUAUAAAGGAGAGAAAAAAU